AUGCGAUCCCUCCGGGCAGGGCAGGGCUGCCUACGCCUUCUGCACCUGCAGGCCACCCAGCUGGGCUGCCCAAGGGAGAAGGAGCCAGCGGAGAGCCAGAAGCUCUUGCAGACGGAGGAAAAAGGAGAAGGCGGGAGAAGCCAUGAGGCUGAUGAACUGGAGCACUUGGUGACGUCGCGGACAGAGUCUGUGAGCAUCGACCACCCAAACCACAUUGUAACAGUGACCACCAUCAGCGACCUGGACCUCUCAGGGGCGUGCCAGCUGGGACUGACCACCCCUGUGGGAAAAAGCGAUGGAUCAGAAGAAGAGAAAGGGGAAGAGGUGGUGAACAAGCCUGUAACAACAAUGCCCAAGAAGUCCAGAAACCCCUUCCUGUCUGAAAAGAUCUCUUCUCUUACUGCUAUGCUGCAUAUGCACAGCUGGAAAAAGACAAAAGGAAAGAGACCCCAACGUGGGCAAGGCCCACGCAAGAAAAUCCAGAAAUCCAGCAGGGGGCGAACCACGAAGACUCAGCGACGGAGGCUGACGGGCAAAAUGGGCCGUGACCAAGAUUAA